AUGGAGAGGCUGUUGGAAAGCUACGACGGUUGCACCGAUUAUGACGUAGGGGACGUGCCGAAGGUGGUGGUGGAUACUACGGCGGGUGUCGCGGUUCAGGAGCGCAUGGGAAAGAAGAAAGCUAGUGGUGAAACUAAGGGAACUGGGAAAACAAAGGCCACAUGGCCUGAUGAUAUAGUAGCUAUAUUUUGUGAUAUAGCUCGUAAGGAAGUUGCAAAGGAAAAUAGGCCAGGUACUCAUUUUGAUAAAAAGGGAUGGGAAAAUGUUGCCAGAGCCUUUAAUGACCCAACCAGAAGAGAUUAUACUAAAGGCCAGUUGAAGAACAAAUGGGAUUCACUUAAAAAUGACUGGAAAUUGUGGAGUUCUCUAUUGCAUCAGGAAACUGGUAUUGGAUGGGAUCCUAUUAAGAAAACUGUCGAUUCAUCUGCUAAAUGGUGGAAAAGUAAAAUUAAGAUGUUCAAAGGUAGCGUAGCUCUAGGGCAAUCUGUCAUGAUUCCCUUAGCUAGUAUAGUUGGUGAAGAGGUAUUGGAGGAUUUUGAGCAUGAUGAGGAUGAGGAUCCCGAUCCCGUGGAAGAUAUUCAAGGAAGGGGGGAAAAGAGAACAACUGUGGAAAGGCAAACAGAAGGUACUAAAGACAAAUGUGUUUUAAAAGGGGCAAAUGGGAAGAAAGAAAGGGUGGGAGGUGCGGCAAAAUUGUCUAAACAAAUUGAUCGCCUUGUCGAAGUAGUUGAGAGUAGGAGUACAACUACAUCAAUUCCCACAAGUACAUAA